AGGGUUGCCGGCAGGAGGCGCCUACCGUCAGGGCGCGAAUGCCACUGGCGGCGAACAAGAACGGCCAGGCCGUGCUGGGCCUGCGGCAGCGAAGAACUCUCAGGCUGGCGAGCGGUCCCGUGUUGCCCCGCUCCGCUCACCACAGUCCUGGCUGGUUCUGGAGCCCACUCGGCCUCGUUUCUUUCCUAAGCUUUGCAACCCGCUUCUAUCGCCUGCGAGAGCCGCCGCACAUCUGUUGGGAUGAAACACAUUUUGGAAAGAUGGGAAGCUAUUACAUUAACCGAACCUUUUUCUUUGAUGUCCAUCCACCUCUGGGAAAGAUGUUAAUAGGUCUUGCUGGAUACCUGAGUGGCUACAAUGGUACGUUUCCUUUCCAGAAGCCGGGGGACAAAUAUGAGCAACAUAACUACAUAGGAAUGAGAGGGUUCUGUGCAUUCCUUGGUUCGUGUCUGGUCCCCUUCUCUUACCUCACAGUGCUGGAACUGUCCAAAUCACUGCCUGCAGCAAUGCUCACAGCUGCCAUUCUGAUUUUUGACACUGGCUGCAUUACUCUCUCUCAGUACAUUCUACUGGACCCUAUUCUGAUGUUUUUUCUCAUGGGAGCUGUACUCAGUAUGGUCAAGUAUAAUUCCUGUGCGAGCAGGUCCUUUUCUGCCCCCUGGUGGUUUUGGCUGUGUCUGACAGGGAUAAACCUUGCUGGCGCAAUUGGGGUCAAAUUUGUUGGUCUUUUUGUGGUCCUCCUAGUUGGAGUGAACACUCUCUGUGAUCUUUGGGAACUGCUGGGAGAUCUCAGUCUCUCACUGGUUACCAUAGGGAAGCACUUCCUGGCUCGUGUACUCUGCCUCAUUCUGCUGCCACUUGCCCUCUACACAGCCAUGUUUGCUGUUCAUUUUGCAGUGUUAAAUAAAAGUGGGCCUGGUGAUGGCUUUUUCAGCUCUGGAUUUCAGUCCCGGCUGAUUGGGAACAACCUUCAUAAUGUAUCUGUUCCAGAGUAUUUAGCAUUUGGUUCAGUGAUAACAAUGAAGAACCUUCGUAUGGCUGGUGGAUACCUUCAUUCGCAUUGGCAUCUGUAUCCUGAGGGAGUGGGAGCCCGGCAGCAGCAGGUCACCGCAUACUUACAUAAGGAUUUGAAUAACCUGUGGAUUAUUAAGAAACACAACUUGAUCACAGAUCUUUCAGACCCUUCCUUCCCUGUGGAGUUUGUGAGACAUGGAGAUGUUAUCCGUCUGGAACACAAAGAGACUUCUAGAAACUUGCACAGUCAUCAGCAUGAAGCCCCCUUGACAAGAAAGCAUCUUCAAGUCACUGGGUAUGGAAUAAAUGGAACUGGAGACUCCAAUGACUUUUGGCGAAUUGAGGUUGUGGGAAGAAAGGCUGGGAAACGUAUUAAAGUCCUACGUAGUCAAAUCCGACUGAUUCACUUGGCUACAGGCUGCAUCUUGGGUUCAACUGGAAAGACUCUACCCAAAUGGGGCUGGGAGCAGGUAGAAGUCACUUGCACUCCAUAUCAGAAGGAAACGCCUAACACCCUCUGGAAUGUUGAAGAUCACAUCAAUCCCAGACUGCCCAAUAUCAGUUUGGAUGUUCUGAAGCCUUCCUUUCCAGAGAUUCUGGUGGAGUCACACAUGGUUAUGAUUCGAGGAAACAGUGGCCUCAAACCAAAAGAGAAUGAACUCACAUCCAAACCUUGGCACUGGCCCAUCAAUUAUCAGGGGCUACGUUUUUCUGGAGUCAAUGAAACAGAUUAUAGGGUAUAUUUGCUGGGAAACCCGGUGAUCUGGUGGAUGAACCUAAUCACUAUUGGAUUGUAUCUCAUAAUGGCAAUAUGUCUAUCUGUGGCCAUGAAGAGGGGAGUUCAGCUGACAGCUGAGCACAAAGAGCUUUCUCAAGUUCUGUUGCAUGGCGGAGGAAGGAUCAUGCUGGGAUGGCUUCUCCAUUAUCUUCCUUUUUUCAUGAUGGGCCGGGUGCUCUAUUUCCAUCAUUACUUUCCUGCCAUGCUUUUCUCCACCAUGUUGACAGGGAUUACAUGGGAUGUAUUGCUCAAGUUUUGUGCUGGGCCUCUGUCAACAAGCAUCCAGACUAGAUAUGUUCAUAACUAUGGGAUAGCAAUGUUGAUCCUGCUCAGUAUAUACAGCUUCUACCUCUUCCAUCCUCUCUCUUAUGGGAUGAUAGGACCUCUGGCUUCUGAUCCCAGCAGCCCAAUGGCAGGACUCAAGUGGCUGGAAACAUGGGAGUUCUAAAUCCAGCCUGGAAAAAGAAAGGAAUAAAACAGAAGAACAGAAGUGGUGAAACCUUUCUGCUCACUCCACGAGAGGUGUAAAGAAUCUGUUCCCAAGCAUCACUUUCAAGCUGAUGCAGUGAAUUGUUCACCUUGAACUCUGAGAAAAGCAAGAGGCAACUAUGAGGGAGAACCUCUGCCAUGGGGCCCAGGGUCCCAGUGACUUGACCCAGUUACUUGAUUCUUUAAAGUUUGACCCAUCCAAGCAAUAUGUUAACAUUCAAACAACGGUGAGCUGCCUCCAUGGCAGCGUCAUUUUGUAUGAGCUUGAGGAUGCAUGCGUUUUGCAGUGGUGUCACUUAACGUCUGCCUGUCUCUGCUCAUGUGUGGUUAAACAGAGCACAAGAAUGAUCAAGUGUAUUAUUAAAGCAACAGCAAUCCGGAGAGUUCACAUCCAGUAACUCUUCAUUGUGAUGUUUUUAAAGGUAGGUGUGUGUGUGCCUGCCCAUGUGUGUGUUUCUGGGAGAAUCAUGUGACUGCUGCUCUGAGCUUCAGGAGCUUGGACUUAAACGUCACAGUAGCUUGAAGCCUUCCGAGAUUCUGUGCCUUGCUUGCCCCCUCCCACAAAAAGGCAUAUCUUUGCAUAAUGUUUUUGUUCUCUGAGAAAAGAUAUUGAAAGAACCUCACAGCUGCCUGAAAGGACUCGUGUGGGGAUGCAACUGCAGCAUUCCAGUCAUCAAACUGGACUUUUUUUUUCAAAAAGCUCCAAAGAGAGAAGAGAGAGUUUUCAUUUUCCUGCCCUAAAUUCCUCUGACAGUGAGGAGUGGUGCCUUUGAGGAGGAUGCAAAAGUUACAUAAUAGGUUAGAGCUGCUGCUGAGAGCUGUCACCCAUCCUAUUAAUCUCACUGCCUGCUUACACUUCUUACAGUGGGAAGCUGGUACCUCUUUGAUGAAUGUAGAGUGUGCAGAAUAUGCUGCUAACAUCAGUGGAUUGAAAUGCUAUAUUACUUUUGUGGAAGAAUUAACCUCUUUGCUAUUAUAAACCAUGUAGAAAAAACCAAUUAUAGUUUUUUUGGGGGGGAAACUAAAUUCUUCAGCUGGUGAGUGGAGAAUGCUUUUUGUAAUCCGUUUCUGAAAGUAUGUGAGAGAAAAGCCCUGAAAAAGUCAGAAUGAGGCAUCAUCCUGCAAAAUGUUAAUUUGGUUCUAGCUGUUGUACACCAGAAUUUUCCUGAGCAAAUUUGACUUCAGUUCCUUUUACGUGGCUAACUUGAAGCCUCCUUUGCAUGUGUGUUAUGGCCAAAUUGGGGCUCUCUAACAAUUUGUUUUAGCAUCUGUAUUAAAGCUAGAAGCCUGCCACUUCCUCUCCCCCUCUACCAUCCACCAUCAAAGGUCUGUCUCUGUUGGCAUGGUGACUAAAUGCCAAUAUCCUCAGGAGAGGCUGGGUGGUUGUAAUGUGUGUGACUAUUUGAGGCUAGUGCUGCCUGAUCCAUUAAAAGAAGAAAUGCAAAACUGUAGUUAGUCUGGCUGGACUAGAGUAGGAACAGUAAGACUAACCUUUUAGUCAGUGGCAGUAGUUUGAAUUUUCAUUCUUUACAUAGUAUAUUAGCAGAAAUGAUAAAGAGUUUCAGCCUUCAAUUUUUACUUCCUUUGUUGAUGCUUAAUGGGAAUCAAUGUAAAAAUAGACGUAGAAUUUCCUAUGGCAGGAAACAUUUUCCUGUGGCUGCCCUGGGACUUCAGAUAUCAUGUACAGAAAAGAAGGGAAGUCAGAAAUUCUCCCCAUUAUACUUCAUCUCUGCUGCUGGUAGAGACAUCAGUCUGCAAAUAUAAUAGAUCAUAAGCAGUAGCAAUGCAGUUGAUCAUCAUUGGAAGAAUAAGGUUGAAUUACUAAGAGGUUUUGGCCACCUUGUAUUUCCAAUAAGUAUUCAAAUGUUACUCUUCUUGACUAAAUUUUGCUGAAGCAGGGUCUGAUCAGGUAACCAGUGAACUAUUCAAUUUUAUCUUUAUUCCUCAAUUCUAUAUCUUUCUUUGUAUUUGUAAUUUUACCAGUUGAAUACAUGUACUGUUGGAGCCAUGGUUGCCCCUUGAAGGAGGAAACCCAUUUCUUUCCUCCUUUAGGAAGGAAAGAUUGACCAAGAUAAAAUUUUAAUAUUACAAAAAUCAGCAAGGCCAACUGUCUGUUUCUCCCUUGGAUUCUGCAGUAGUCCAAUGGAUGACUGUUCAGCACAACCUUGCCCUGCAUUUUCAGAGGUCUCACUUGCCCAGCCUUGCACACCACCAGGGCUCUGGCUAGCUAAAAUGUGCUGCUGUUUAGAGCACUUGCUUCCUUUUCAAGUUGGUCUGUUAGGACUGCUUUGCAGCUGAGGAGAUGAACUGGAACAUAGAACCAGAAUGGUAAAAGAAUGCUUCAGACUAUUCUAAAAAUGCCUUCCUCCCCCCCCCCCCACACCCCACAGCCAGUCUUGUUGGAGCGUAGAGAAUCCAUUCAUGCUGGAAUGUCUGCCAGAAUAAAACCUUUGUCUUGAGGACUUUAGAGAAUCACACAGGUUUUCCUUUAAGUAUUAGUGUGGGACUAACAAAUACGAUUCUACAAAACUCCUUCUAGGAGAUAGGAAGGAGAAAUUAGCAAUAAAAAAACCCCUGUGUGACGGCACUGUGUCAGCUUUUUCCCUUGAUAGUGCUUUAUUCUAAAUAGGCUUCUCAUUCUGUAUGUUAUAGUCAAGAAUUUCAUGUCCAGAGCAAGGCAGAUGAUUGUCAGAAACCUUUGUGCUUUUAUUUACAUCGUGUCCUGACUGGCAGAUCGGCAGAACUGAACUACUCAUUCAGAAACAGCACUUGGCACAGCCCUUCUUGAACUAUGUCUCUCCCCGCCUCACUUCAGGUGCAUGUGGAGGAUCGCAGGUGCAACUGUUUCUUCACAUUAAAACUAGCAACAGCAAACUUGCACUUAGGCAACUGGCACAUCAGGAAGGCUUGGCUAGCGCCCUUCUCUCUCACAGGGUAAUUUUCCACAGGCCGGGAAUUUCAGUUUGUGACGUUGAGGAGCAUUCAUGCACUCUCUCCCUGCUCCAAAGGGUGGGCUGUACCGUACAUUAUUUCUGAAUCUGUAGCGUAGUUCAACUCUAACUUGAUUGCUUCAAGGGAGUGAUUUAGGCUCUUCCUUACGCAAUCAUAGUGUGUUUUACAGAUAGUAUGGCAGUUGUCUACUGACCCUAGACAACUUUCUGCCUUGUGUGUUUACUAAAGUUGUUAAUACUGAAGCAACUGUGCAUUUGCUUUUUGUACAUGACCACCGCCUUGUAUUUAUGUGAGCAUAUUUCAUUGCCCUGCUGUGUACAUGUUACUAAAUGAAAACAAAUUGCCUUUGGAUUGGCGCUGCUUUUUGUUAAGGAACUAAUUGAAAAUGAGGUAAAAUGUGCAAAUAUUUGCUUUUUUGUAAUAAAUAAGCUUUCUUUCUUUCAAA